GGGGCGGAGGGGUUGUGGUUCCACUGCAGCGGGGGCUCCUGUGUCCUUGUGCGGAAAUGACACACGGAGUCCCGUCACGUCACGCGAGAGCGCAGCGCACGGACACACACAAAGAGAGGGGAAAAUACACGGCACCCGCCCGCUGCCCCCAGCAACUCCCCGGGCCGCCCCGGCCUGGCCCUCCGCGCGCGGCCCCCACUCCCCGGACCCGCGCUCCCUUCACCCCCCACGUGGCGCCCCAACUCGGCGCGGGCCCGCUCUGCAAAGUACAGAACUCGUGUCCCAGUGGAACAGAAGAUGAAUGCAACUGAAUUCAGUGAAGAUGUAGAAGAAGUUCUAAAGAAUAACAUUGUGAAAGUGGAGACAGAGGCCGAAGAUGCUGCCCUGGACUGCUCUGUGAAUUCCAGAUCCUCUGAGAAGCACCCUCUGGACGUCUUCACUGCCCUCCAGGACUCCAGCAAGAGAAAGCAACCAGGUGGCGAUGGCCCGCCAGACUCCGUCCCGAGCGUGAAGAGGCGGCGGCUGAUUCCCGAGGCGCUCCUAGCAGGUAUGCGGAACCGGGAGAACAGCUCGCCCUGCCAGGGUAACGGGGAGCAAGCUGGCAGAGGCAAGAACUUGAGCUCCGGCUGGCCCGGGGAGGAGGAGCCUGGCAGUGACGUGACCACGCCCUCCUACAAGAAGCCUCUGUACGGCAUCUCGCACAAGAUCAUGGAGAAGAAGAACCCUCCCGCGGGCGAUGUGCUCAACACGUACGAGCUCUUCGAGAAGGCGAACCCCAGCAACAGCCCGUCACCGCUGCGGCUCCUGAACGAGCCACAGAAGCGGGACUGUGGCAGUGCCGCAGCGGCCACUGACGGUGACCCCAACAUCUACUUUCUCAUCCAGAAGAUGUUCUACAUGCUCAACACGCUCUCCUCCAACAUGUCGCAGCUGCACAGCAAGGUGGACCUGCUGUCCCUGGAGGUGAGCCGCAUCAAAAAGCAGGUGAGCCCCACCGAGAUGGUGGCCAAGUUCCAGCCGCCGCCCGAGUACCAGCUCACAGCGGCCGAGCUCAAGCAGAUUGUGGACCAGAGCCUGUCAGGCGGCGACCUGGCCUGCCGCCUGCUGGUGCAGCUCUUCCCCGAGCUCUUCAGCGACGUGGACUUCUCCCGGGGGUGCAGUGCCUGCGGCUUCGCAGCUAAGCGGAAGCUGGAGUCGCUGCACCUGCAGCUCAUCCGCAACUAUGUGGAGGUGUACUACCCGUCGGUGAAGGACACAGCCGUGUGGCAGGCGGAGUGCCUGCCCCAGCUGAAUGACUUCUUCAGUCGCUUCUGGGCCCAGCGGGAAAUGGAAGACAGCCAGCCCAGCGGCCAGGUCACCGGCUUCUUUGAGGCCGAACAGGUGGACACUAGCCACUUCCUAGACAACAAAGACCAGGAGGAGGCCCUGUCCCUGGACCGGAGCAGCACCAUCGCCUCUGACCACGUGGUGGACACCCAAGACCUCACCGAGUUCCUGGACGAAGCCUCAUCACCUGGCGAAUUUGCUGUCUUCCUUCUCCACCGGCUCUUCCCCGAGCUCUUCGACCACCGGAAGCUGGGCGAGCAGUACAGCUGCUACGGGGAUGGCGGCAAGCAGGAGCUGGACCCGCAGAGGCUGCAGAUCAUCCGCAACUACACGGAGAUCUACUUCCCCGACAUGCAGGAGGAGGAGGCCUGGCUGCAGCAGUGCGCCCAGCGCAUCAACGACGAGCUGGAGGGCCUGGGGCUGGACGCGGGCAGCGAGGGCGAGCCCCCGCGGGACGACUGCUACGACUCCUCCAGCCUGCCUGACGACAUCUCCGUGGUCAAGGUGGAAGACAGUUUCGAGGGCGAACGACCCGGCCGGCGGUCCAAGAAGAUCUGGCUGGUGCCCAUCGACUUCGACAAGCUGGAGAUCCCGCAGCCCGACUUUGAAGUGCCCGGCGCCGAUUGCCUGCUCAGCAAGGAGCAGCUGCGCAGCAUCUACGAGAGCAGCCUGUCCAUCGGCAACUUCGCCUCACGCCUGCUCGUGCACCUGUUCCCCGAGCUCUUCACCCACGAGAACCUGCGCAAGCAAUACAACUGCAGCGGCUCCCUGGGCAAGAAGCAGCUGGACCCGUCCCGCAUCAAGCUCAUCCGCCACUACGUGCAGCUGCUGUACCCCCGGGCCAAAAACGACCGCGUCUGGACACUCGAGUUCGUGGGCAAACUGGACGAGCGCUGCCGGCGCCGGGACACGGAGCAGAGGCGCUCCUACCAGCAGCAGCGCAAGGUCCACGUGCCGGGCCCUGAGUGCAGGGACCUGGCCAGCUAUGCAAUCAACCCCGAGCGGUUCCGGGAGGAAUUUGAGGGGCCCCCUCUCCCACCUGAAAGGAGCAGCAAGGACUUCUGCAAGAUCCCCCUGGACGAGCUGGUGGUCCCCUCGCCUGACUUCCCGGUGCCUUCGCCGUACCUGCUGUCGGACAAGGAGGUGCGCGAGAUCGUGCAGCAGAGCCUCUCCGUGGGCAACUUCGCCGCCCGGCUGCUCGUCAGGCUCUUCCCCGAACUCUUCACCGCCGAGAACCUGCGGCUGCAGUACAACCACUCCGGGGCCUGCAACAAGAAGCAACUGGACCCCACGCGGCUGAGGCUCAUCCGCCACUACGUGGAGGCUGUCUACCCGGUGGAGAAGAUGGAGGAGGUGUGGCACUACGAAUGUAUCCCGAGCAUCGAUGAACGGUGCCGCCGCCCCAACCGGAAGAAAUGCGACAUCCUGAAGAAAGCCAAGAAGGUGGAGAAGUGAUGGGCCCCGCGGGCACUGAGCCUUCUGCCGGAGCUCACGACUGUCCACAGCUGCGCACCUUAUGUCGGUGGGAGUGGCCUACGACCUUUGCACACGUAAGCGCCCAGCCAGCCACAAGAAAGAAGCCUCGCAUUUGGUCUCUGGUACUUACGACUUUUGCCCUGUGUUCUGGUGGUGCAGCCAGAGUCUGGGGAGAGCCGAGCUAUGAGAGCAGAGAGGCCUCAGGAGUCAAGGUUCCCUCUCCUUGGCAUUAGUGUCCCAGUCCCCUCACAAUUUCAAAUGCAAAUCGAGCAACCCUCUUAUUCCUCUUCCCACGUUUUACAUCUUCCACUUUUAUCAAUUUUUUUUUAAUUAAAAAGAAAUCCUUUUUAGAAAAUCACUGGGCUCUCUGGAGGCCAUUUUAGUUAGAAAAAAAAAUCUUUAAAAUAUUUGAGAUGAAGUACUGUAAGAUGACUUAAGUUGCUGGUUUUUUUUUUUUUAAUGGUUUCAAAUAUAUGAAAUUUUUAGAAGUGCCAUGUUCAUGCAUGAUGGCUAAUGAUAGCUUCAGGUGGCAUAGGGAUGGAUUUUACUGACCUUGUCUUUUACAUUGGAUUUUGGAAGAGUCAAGAUGCCUCUUGGAUGGCAGUAGAGGGGAUGGAAUAGGGUGAUGUCCUUUCUGACCAUGGUCAGUCCACUCUCCUUCCCACUGGGUGCCGAGGGAGGGGCUUAGGGGGCAGCCUGGCCUGUCCCACGUUGCUGCGCCGGUAGAAUGCUGUGCUCACUCUGUAGACGAGAACACUGGAUGAUGAUGAUGUGGAUGAUGAUGAUGAUAUGAAUGUAGAUAGACGUGGAAACACGUUCACCUUGUCUUCAUUUGAGCUGUGUCUUUCCACUGCCCACUUUCGUAUCCACACGAGGAUGCUGGUUGGAGGGGCAGGCAUACUUCCUUGGAAAACAAUACAUGUGGAUACUUGGCUACUUGUUUGAUUUAAGGGUGGGCCUCUUUGGGCUCAUCAUGAACUGUUUACUUUCCAUGUGUGUAUUUGUACAAAACCCAGGUUCUGGGAGCUGUAUGGUGACUUCACCACACCUCAGUGUCAGCUCCUCCAGUCAGUACACAUCCUUGUUCCUCAGGGUGGGCCCAGGCCUUGGGCCUUCUUGGGGAUACCUGGUUUUGGAAGGACACAGGCCAUCUCAAAUGGGGCUCCCCUGUCCCUUCCCAGGGUCCACUCAGAGCUUUCCCCUUGGGCCCCCUAGAAGGUCCUGCUGUCCUACAUCUGGCCAGUCCCUUGUCCUCGGGGUGAGACACCUGUGCUCUCCCCACUGGUUGGGAAGGUCACACUGCUCCACACCAGCGGCAUGCUCUCUGGGAUUCCAACCAGGAAACUCCCCACCCGGUGAAGUCCUUCAUGUAAAAACAAUACUUAGCUACCUGACUUUGGGGGCCAGUGCCUAAGAGGGAAAGGAAACAGUCUAACCCAAACACAGUAUAGCAUACCAGAAAGCUGGAAAAUGAAUUGAAUCACACAGGGUAGUUGUAAAACCCUGGUGGAAUGUUACAGAUUUAAUAACCUAAUGGCUUAAUAUUUUGCUACCUUAAAAUGCAGAAAUAAUAGAAACAAUCUGUGAAUUUUCUUUAUACAGAUAAGGACUUCAGUUCCAGUGGCUGUAUGACGGAAUCUUGCCUGCACCCAGUGGGCAUUUUUCUUUUUUUUAUAUGACAGGAUUUUGAGCAAUGUAAGUUGCUGAUCUAACUUUAGUAAAUUUGCUUUUAAAUGUCA